AUGGUGACUUGUGUGGUGUUCGGGUUAAGGGUCCGAGAAAAUGCUGUACCAUCAGUUUUCCCUACACACCCAAAACAUUUGCAAAAGGGAGACAAGAAGAGAAAGCCACCAUUGCGGAAGGAGAGCUCUUCCUUUCCAUCUUCAGUUUUGGCUACCGUCAGCAGAGUGCAGGAUGAAGAAGUUCCUGCUCUUGUUCCUGAGUACACUGCAGGACCACCAGAACGUAGUCAGACAUCCUCUGAAAGUGAGGAACUGAAGACGAAGUGUGAACACCUCAUAAGAAAAACUGAUCAGUACAAAAAACAAAUUAAAACUCUUCAGCAGUCUAAGCGACGACUUAAGAAGAAAGUGGCUAACGCUUCAGAACGGUGGCAGUUACUAUGCAUGGAAAAUAGUGCAGCGACAACUGACGACGACCACGAUUACUUUGCUACUGGAAUUUAUCUCUCUGAAGUGGCAGUCCAUAUUGUAGUAUAUACAGCUGGAUUUGUGGUGCGUCACUUAGAGAAAACCUUAAAAUGUGAACCAUGUUUAUCAGUGUUGAGAGGGGAUGGUAGCCAUGUUGCUUAUUCUCUCAUUCAUAGAAAGAGUAGGGGAUGGUUGGUUUUACCAUCGAAUGAUGUUGUGACAUCUAUGUGUGUGUGCAGAAAAAGUGUUCAGGUGCUAUACUACAGGUAAUUCUAAAGUUCCUUUGAAAAAUCAGUUUUCCAAAUGUGUGUCUGAGGUGCUUAGUGAAAUCAUAUUCAAGCCAGUGUUGUAAGGAAUUAGCAGACCACAUGAAAAAUCAGCAUCCCUUGGACAAUCAUAUGAUACUGCUGAUUAAAGCAAUUGCCACACGAUACCUCCUGACACGGCAAAAACAUGCAGCCAAGAGAAUAAGUGAUGCAUUGCAUGAAAAUAAAAUCAGGACAACCUAUACAAAACUGGUACUCUUUAAAGGUCAGUAACUGAUAUUUGUACACAGAGGUCUAGUGUGUGAGGGAUCUUGUAUAAAGCACUCAUUAUAUUGAGGCAAACUGGGAAUGUGACCUUAUUGUAAUUAAUAAAUGAUGCACAUUCUUCCUUUUCUGUUAUGUCUAUGUUGUUAUAACCAGCUACAAAAUGUUUGUGAUGUGUGUAUCUUAAAACUAUUAGUACUAGCAUAUUCACGAUAUCUAUGAAAAUUUGUUCCUGGUGUGUGAUGGAGUCAGACAAUUAUAAUUUUAUGUGUGUGUGUAAUACCUUCCAAAUAUAUCUUCCUCAAACCAAAAUUUGGAACUACAUUAUAUGUAGAGUGUUUCCAAGUGAUUAAUACUCCACCAUACCAGUAUGCAGUACUAGUUCUGCAAUAGCUUGUGAUCUGUGUGCUUCCAAAUGGGACAUACAUUUCUUUUUGAAAUAUUUAGCCAUUGUUUGGCAGAGUAUGCUGUAGUAUGUUCUAGCCAGUGUUGUUAAUUAAGUUUCCACGAGUGACAACUUGUUAAUAAGAAAUAGAAUUGCCUCAUUUUUGGCACAUUGAAAUACACUCCCAUCAUUGUGGUUUUUGCUUGUGUGUCAUUACAAAUUAUAUUUUUUUGUGAUCUAGUCCAACAGUGGUUUACCCUCAAAAAAUGAGAGAUAGUGUUCGCAGGUGAGCGUUAUUGGUUUUUCACUACUUCAUUGGGCACUAAAUUUUCUAGCAGUCUCUCCCCUAAUCCAUUGAAAUGUAACCCAUGUGUUGUACAGAAACUACAGCCCACAACAUUUAUAUCUGUAGUAAGACAUAUUUUAUAAAUGAUUGCAUAUUUUCUUAUGUUUGUUUGCUUGACUACUUUCCUGGUUUAUGCAAGACCACUGUGAUAAAUCAUAUGUGGA